AUGAACAGACCUGGUCACUGCUGGCGGUGCGAGGCAGUCUGCACUCAACGGUGCUCUCGAUGUGGAGUGGCGUAUUACUGCUCCAAGCAAUGUCAGAAACAAGACAAGUGGCGCCAUCAACCCAACUGCGAUGCAGGAGCGUUGAAAAUGCAGUGCUCUGGCUGCAGCGUUAAGCAGGAGGGAAUGUUGAAGUGUACCAACUGUUUGAAAUCCUACUAUUGCAACGCGGAAUGUCAGAGAAAGGACUGGCAGAGACACAAGACUUUCUGCCAGAAAGCUGUUGAGGAAACGUUGAGAUUAGUUGAAGAAAUUAAGUUUCAUCACCAGAUAAAAAGGGAUAACCCUGGCCUUCUCGCUACCUAUUACUGGGGUAAUGUGCCUGCUGUGGAUCUGCUCAAUUUGUCGAUGAAUGAAGGGGAACAGUAUUCGAACCCACUGGCUUUGUUGCUUUGCGGAGUUGGUGAUCCAAGGAAUGUUCUACUCACGAUUGCUUCGUUACCUAAUGUUUAUACACAACAAGUCAGCUUCCUUAUAAACGACAUCUGUCCUUGUACCCUGGCCAGAACCGUUCUGCUUCUAUACAUGUUAUAUAAAGGUAGUUUGGAUUGAUAGUUGUUUAUUUUUUUGGAUAUACAUAUUUAUAGUUACUUGUAUACUUGGUAUCUAGGUGCUUUGAGGCGUCCUUAAAUUUCUUUUUUUCGUCAUUGUAUUAAUACUAUCAAAACCAUUCUUGGUAGCGGUUUAACUUGUAAAACCCUUGUUUAUAUUGGGAACUAAUUGUGCAAUGCUUUCAAAAUGUGACAUCCUACGAAACUGAAGGGAGUUGUAGCUGCAUAUCGUUUGAGGAGAGAUUACGACUUCUCUUUCUAUGGACAAUUGUAAAAUCAAUGCUAUUUCAGAAAGGAUAUGUUAUCUUACUCUAACUUGUAAAUUAAUAUACAGUGUGUUGCCCAGUAUCCGGCCACUUUUAAAACUGUUUAAAACUGCUAUAACUUUCCUUCCUUAGUCGCAAGAGUUGUGAAAUUUGGCCCAGAGAAGAUCUAUUUAGUCUGUAAUAUCUGUUUAGUCCGUUGUGAAAUUAAUAAUUUUGCAGAGCCCCUAUGUUGCCCAGUAUCCGGCCAGCAGGCCCAGUAUCCGACCACAACAAAAACAACGUAAAUUUCGACAGGCAAUCGACAUACAGGCUCCCCUGGGUCUAGCAAAGUAGUCUGGCAUUCCAUUCCGAAAAUAUAAAUCGCCUUAAAUAAGGAACCUAGCAUCUGAAACAUAACGGGGUAUAAAAUGACUGCUUAUGGUGGGGAGAACUGUGCGAGCGGCCGAUCAAGUUUAGUCUGGGGCUGUGGAGAGAAAAUAUGCAGUUCAGAUUGAGUAGAAUUACAGUGUACAUUAUACAGAUUAUAUGUAUUUCCUAAGCUAUGUAGUCCGGACAAUGCACGCUGCCAAUUUAACGAUUUUGCGCAGCGAAGAUAAAACUGGCCGGAUACUGGGCACCUGAAGUCAAUACAAUAGUGGAUGUUUCUGGCCUCCUUUAUUCCACACAAGUUAAAUUUCAAGAGUAAAUAAUGAAUUUUCUGACAAAUUAACUAUUUAGGAGAAGGUAUCUUCACUUCAAAUAUUCAACAAAGUCUUUGAAAAUAUUACGAACCGUUAUUUGAACAGCGUUAGUUUUACUGCGCAGUAUACAGGGUAAAUAUUGGCCGAGAUAUUUUUACUCACCUGAACAGAACGGUGCCUUCUGCAACUGUUUCUCAAGCUGAAAGCCCGCCAAAAUUUACAUUCCAUAGAGAAAAUAUUUGGUUUGCAAUGGGAAUACUUGAGGUUUUGUUUUCCCAGUAGUGGCCGGAUACUGGUACCGGCCGGUAUCUGGGCAACAUACUGUAGUACUGGUAUAAACUAGAUUUUUGUUUCUCUUAAGCGCAUGCAUGCAGUCUUAAGCUAGAACUUACCAUAACUCUUGUGCACCAUUUGUAGGGGGAAAUGGCGUCCCUUCUGCAGUGGUCCGUAUUUGGUACUCUGUCCGCCUUUCUGAGAAAGAUUUCACCCUGCUAAUAUCAGCCCUUCAAGACCUCGUGGCCACAGCCGAACUGAGCACCAUCACCGAUGGCAAGAUGGAGGUUUCUACUGCCCAGCUUGGGCAGCUUAAGACUGUUUGGGCCACGUGGCUUCGUUUGUCAGAGCUCAAAGGACCUUGGGUAACAGAGCUGAGGAAAGCAGCCCACUCGUCAGAUUCAGGAAGAGAGGCUGGUAUAAGGCAUUACCUACACGCCAUCCCUAAAGCGCACAGAGCGUCUGCACAACACUUUUUUGACACGGGAAUCUUUCACACCACAACAAAAUCUAAGGAAUUAACCCAGCAAAAUCCAACCUUGACUGGUCGCGGAAGGCUCUCAAUAUUAGGCUCUGAAUUUCACUACAGCAUACCUGCAGACGUGUUUCCAUUCACGGGAUGGGAUUACAAAGCAAUGGAGAAAAUCUACAACUCUAAAUCACUACCACAUAUGUACACCAGUUACAUCUCAGAUAUCCUGCAGAAAUCCUGUGAAAAAAUGACCAGUGGACGGGUAAAGUUUCAUUUUAUUUUGUGCGACUUUCUCAAGAUCGACCCUUACCUACCUGCAGAUCUGAGCUAUGACCGCAUAACCACUUCCAACUUGUGGGAUUUCUAUCCCCUAGCAGAUAUGCUGACAAAAUUCAAGAGCUUUCUUAACAGUGCUAAUCCCCACUCGGUGAUGUUGACGGAAGCACAAAACUGGCCGCGAAACUAUAUGCCUGAAAUCAUUCACGUUAGGCCAUAUCAAGUCGGAAUAGAUAAACUAUGUGGGACAGCUUUGAAAGACACACAGAAUGCCGAACUUGUGAAUUCAUCGGGACUUACUACUGUUGUGGAAUAUCUUGACUUGACAGAAGACUUUCUUCGUUUUCUACGCUCAUCUCUUCUAGUCUCGUGUACAGAUAAGCAGUUAGUUUCCUUUAAAAGUAAGAUGAAGAUUCCAUCUUUGAAAUAUCUAGUUCAUUCGCUGGGGCUGCAACUCCGAGACUUUAUAAGAAACGAGAACACUGUUUCUCCUCCUAAAUGGGCACUGAAUUGUCGUCGAGUUGUCAUGUUGAGAGGCUACGAGAGAGCAUUGGAAUGGAAACUUAAUUCUGAUUCUGCUGCUGAGGCCACAGCUCAAUAA